GAAAUGCUCUGGGCACUGCCCCCUUCCCUUACUGCUCACCGUGCAGGUAUUCUGACACUGUGCAGAGACAUGCCGGUUAUGCUGAAAAACAACGAGGCAACCGAAUUAUGUGCAACCAAUGGUGCGGAGGCUUAUGUGCUCAGCUGGGAUUCACACCAGGAUGCAGAUGGACAUGACAUACUGGACACAUUAUUCGUCCGUCUCAAGAAUCCUCCUCAGGUAGUUCAGCUUCCCGAUCUCCCACCGAAUGUAAUUCCCCUGGUCCAUGCAAAGACACAUAUCAAAUGUACGCUUCCCAACGAUUGUGUGGUCUACAUUGAUCGCUCGCAGGCAAACGUGCUCCCCAAUUUCGCGAUGACCGAUUUUGGAUGCCAGGGGCGGACACGUCCACACAAUCCGUGCCAUCUUCGCUUUUGCAAGGGGCACCAGUCACUGUACACUUGCCUGGCACGCAGUGCAUCUCUAAAAGGUACGCUGAUUCUCGAUGGCAUCGAUGACUCCAAGAUCACUGGCGGUUUGAAUGGUGCUCUUAGACGAGAGUUCCGAGAGCUCGAGAUUCUGGAUGAAAUCACUCGGUUGCAUCUGGAAGAUGCGCUUCCCCCUUCUAUCAGCGGUUGCACGCGGGCGUCAUUAGUCAAGACUUUUCAGGCCACAAACGGAUGUCAAUACAUUCCUCAUAAUGUGGAACAGCUCCUUGACUGGUCACAAGAGCCCAUCUCGUCUCUCCUGCCUCCCCCUGAACCUCCGCACUGGCAAUUACUGGGCAAAAAGGUUAAAAGAGAUCUCGCAGCGAACAGUAACCGGCCCGAACGUUCGAAACGACGUACCAAAGAUAACUGGCUUCCUCCCUCAUCGCUCCCCACGAAGCGCGCUAAAACGAUCACGUCCAUCUCUGUUCCUACCACUUCGUCUUCUGCCAAACACGGAUCUUCCGUCGUACUGCUCGGGUCUGAACAUGCUACGCCUUCGAAUCGCGUUCCCUCUGCAACUCCUCCAUCCGGUCUGAUCUGGGACCGGCAGAAUUGGAGCUGCGCUUACGAUUCGGUGUUAACUGUCCUGUGGAACAUCUAUGCCGACAGAGGCGGACAGUUUUUUUCCCGCAUUGCGUCAGCCAGUGCCCUGCUGCAGCACGUUGAGCACGAAAUGCUCUCCGCGACCGUCUCUCAUCUCUCGAGCUGCAGUCCUUCCCUCGCUCUGGCCCUGUCGGCGCUCAUAUUCUUCAACCAUGUCAUAACUUCCGGCCAGGAGGUCCAGCUGUUCUGGGGAGAGCGCUCGUUUUCUGCAUGGUUGUUCUUUGCCAAUCGGAUGCUCGCUUUGGGCUAUGCGGCCGUUUCUGUUUGGUCCCUCAUGAACUUUGACACAGUAAUGAAUGGGCCCCAGACACAAGCGGACGUCGAGAACAUGUCAUUCGAAUUGAACAUCCUCAGCAGCACCGAACAAGCUCAGCAGACCGAUCUCGCUCAUGCGUCAGGCUCCAUUGAACAUGAUCAAAUCAUUGCCGAACCGCGCAACAUGGCAGACAAUGUUGCUAUCGUUGGCGAUGCUCAUCAGGACAUCAACGAGGAAGAGAGGAUGGGCGAAGUCGAGGAAGAGAUGCUAUCGGAUGAGGAGAACGAUGUGUGA